UCCACUCCCCUUCUGGCUGGAGUGAGGGUCUGCAGUCAGCUCUCACCAGCCCUGCUUCAACUAAUCAAAUCCCUGAUGAGCAGGGGGUUGCGGGAUUAGUAGCCUAUAUAAUCAGUUGUGUAGAGUAAGGUUGGAGCAAAAGCCUGCAUACCCAGUAGUAGCUGCUAUUAGCAACGCUGGUGUGUUUACACUACAGCGUUGGUACCUUUUGUAUUGGCAUUGAGUUGCACAAAAACAGUCCGUAGCGUAGGAAGGCUGGGGCGUUUUAAUUUCGGAAGCCGUUUAUCGUUUAAGAACCAAACGGAGCAACACGAGCGUUUGUAUUGAAAAAAAGUAAGGUUAGUCCCUCCCCGUUUCGUUCCGUUUGCUUUCGGAAACGUUUUGCAACAGGUUCGGCGUAAUGAAUACGCCUCAGAAGUUAAAUAUAGAGUUACUUACACAAACGUACUGUGCCGGUGGUCAUGACGGUUGGUCAUUAACACGGGGGAAUUUGAGUCAAAAUGUCUAAAGAAAUAACUUUUAUUAAAGAGUUUCAAAACGUGGUUCUGCUAUAUACCCAUUUCUUCUCCACUUACCUCAUAUCAAAAUAAAAGUCCAGCAGGUGCGCCAUAUGUUGACAAAAAAGGAAUAACUUGUGGGGUACUUGUAUUUUGACAUGAGGUAAGCAGAGGACUUGGGUCUAAAACAGACCCACGUUUGGAAAGUUGUUUAAUAAUAAGUAGCUUUAGAUAUUUUGGCUCAAAUUCCCUCUGUUUAAAGGACCAACUGUCCUACCCACCAGCUCAGUAAGUUGAAGUGGAAUUUAUGAGAUGUGAGGGUACCUACAGCUGACUGAAGUGAAGGCCAGCAUCUCAACCAUGGGGAAGCGGUAUUACUGUGACUACUGUGACCGGUCCUUUCAGGACAACAUGCACAACAGGAAAAAACACCUGUAUGGCGUUCAACACCACAGAUCUAAAAAGGCCUGGUUUGACAAUUUCAGGGAUGCAGCAGCCAUCCUGUAUGAUGAACAAACUAAGAAACCCUGCAGGAAAUUUCUUCAGACGGGCCAGUGUGUGUUUGGCAACAACUGUAGGUUCUCUCACAUGUCAGAGAGGGACAUGGAGAACCUAAGAAUGCAGAUUGAAGAUGAAAGACGGAGCAGAGAGGACCCGGAGCACAGAGCGUCCCCUGAGCGGAGCAUAGAGGAGUGGCUAACCAGGAGAGAGAAGAAGAGAGCCGCCCUAAGCAGUGGAAGUGUUCUGAAAGAGGAAGAUGAGGAGGAUGAAAAUAAUCAACCAGAGAAUGACAUACCGCCACAUUUCCUCACCAUUCCUGACCUUCCUCCCUCCCUUCUGCCCCCUCCCCCUGGAGGAUGGAAAGUCAAAGUCAGAACUGAAUGGGGUUGAAGGGGCAUUGCAGUUAAUCACAGUUCCACACUGAGGUCAAAAUAACAACCUGAAAUUUGGUAAAAUUAUGGUAAUGCCUUUUUCGUGUAAGAGCUGUUUGUAUAAAACAUAUUUUUUUUGAAGAACUGGAAUUUCAACCUUUUCAGGUGGGCGGAUUUUUUUUGGUAACUGAUCUGAUUAUUCUGACCUAUGACCAGUCAUCUUUUAUUUGUAUACGCAUCCUACUUUGAAGGGGUAAGCAGGGUAGGCUCAGAGUCAAGACGAUCCUAUCCGCCAAUCAGGGUUGUGUAUGUUAAUAUAUUUACAUUUGUAUCAACACGCCCACACAAUCAGACUGAGCAUUUCAAUGGCAAUAGGAGCCUCAGAGAAAUAAAUAUUUUCGUGAAAUAAACACACAGUCAUUUAUUAGACAUACAGUGAUUUUAAAAUGAUUAAGACUGCAUGGGAGCUUUAAAGCUGGGUCACCAUUUUUUGCUCAAAGUUUGAUGUGGUGAUGCAAGAACGGAUCAUUAAUUGCUAUUAGGGCUCAAACUUUUACUUGAUAGAAGUGAGUGAAUUUGUAACACAUUUUAAUAGAUUUUCUCCAUCACCGACAACAUUAAAAUUCAGUUGCGUGCAUGCAGAGAUUUUGUUGAGUAGGUCCUCGUAUUCAAGAAAAUGUAUUCUGAGUUGGAAAUGUACAGAAUGUGAGGUUCUAAUGCUUUUUAAAUGAUGGCCUCAGGAAAGCAGCAGAACAGGAGUUGCUACUGUGAUAUAGACUCAGCAAAAAAAAGAAAUGUCCUCUCACUGUCAACUGCUUUUAUUUUCAGCAAACUUAACGUGUAAAUAUUUGUAUGAACAUAACAAGAUUCAACAACUGAGACAUAAACAUGUGACUAACAGAAAUGGAAUAAUGUGUCCAUGAACAAAGGGGGGUCAAAAUCAAAAGUAACAGUCAGUAUGUUGUGUGGCUUACCAGCUGCAUUAAGUACUACAGUGCAUCUCAUUGACUGCACCAGAUUUGCCCGUUCUUGCUGUGGGAUGUUACCCCACUCUUCCACCAAGGCACCUGCAAGUUCCCGGACAUUUCUGGGGGGAAUGGCCCUAGCCCUCACCCUCCGAUUCAACAGGUCCCAGACAUGCUCAAUGGCAUUGAGAUCUGGGCUCUUUGCUGGCCAUGGCAGAACACUGACAUUCCUGUCUUGCAAGAAAUCACACACAGAACGAGCAGUAUGGCUGGUGGCAUUGUCAUGCUGGAGGGUCAUGUCAGGAUGAGCCUGCAAAAAGGGUACCACAUGAGAGAGGGGGAUGUCUUCCUUGUAAGAUGAGAUUGCCUGCAAUGACAACAAGCUCAGUCCGGUGAUGCUGUGACACACCGCCCCAGACCUUGACGGACCCUCCACCUCCAAAUCGAUCCCGCUCCAGUGUACAUGCCUCGGUGUAACGCUCAUUCCUUUGACGAUAAACGCAAAUCCGACCAUCACCCCUGGUGAGACAAAACCGCGACUCGUCAGUGAAGAGCCCUUUUUGUCAGUCCUGUUUGGUCCAGCGACGGUGGGUUUGUGCCCAUAGGCGACGUUGUUGCUGGUGAUAUCUGGUAAGGACCUGCCUUACAACAAGCCUACAAGCCCUCAGUCCAUCCUCUCAGCCUAUUGCGGACAGUCUGAGCACUGGUGGAGGGAUUGUGCGUUCCUGGUAUAACUUCAGCAGUUGUUGCAAUCCUAUACCUGUCCUGCAGGUAUGAUGUUCAGAUGUACCGAUCCUGUGCAGGUGUUGUUACACGUGGUCUGCCGCUGCGAGGACGAUCAGCUGUACGUCCUGUCUCUCUGUAGCUCUGUCUUAGGCGUCUCACAGUACUAGCAUUGCAAUUUAUUGCCCUGGCCACAUCUGCAGUCCUCAUGCCUCGCAGCAUGCCUAAGACAUGUUCACGCAGAUGAGCAGAGACCCUGGACAUCUUUCUUUUGGUGUUUUUCAGAGUCCGUAGAAAGGCCUCUUUAUUGUCCUAAGUUUUCAUAACUGUGUCUUAAAGACCAUUCCACCAGUGCAUGUUCAUUAAUUGUUUAUGGUUCAUUGAACAAGCAUUGGUAACAGUGUUUAAACCCUUUAUAAUGAAGAUCUGUGAAGUUAUUUGGAUUUUUACAAAUUCUCUUUGAAAGACGGGGUUCUGAAGAAGGGAUGUUUCUUUUUUUGCUGAGUUUAUUUAAAAAAAAACUUGUAUUUUGUCAUUUGCUUCCCUCCACAUAUACUAUGUGAAUGGAAAGUGUUUUGUCCAUGUUGGGAUGAUUUAUUUAUAAUGGAUGGCAUACUGUUUUACCUCCGAUUAAGUUCUGGGUCCGUAUUAAGAGAACGAGGAUCGGAACCGGAACAAAGAGCUCCACCCUCUCUCUGAGUUACAGGCAAGUCUAUUGGCCAAAUGUUCCCUCCCCUUAUGUUUUUCGAAAGAAGAGAAAAUUGUGAUUUGUCCAAAGCAUGGGAACUAAUGCUGCUCGUUAUCAAACCUUCCCGUAUCAUGACAGAUCUACGAUACCAUUUAUGUUUACGUAGUCUGUCCACGAGUGAUUACCUCGCCAAGGAUGGCUGACCACUUUUGUCACAAAAUGGUUUUAAAUUUCCUAUCUUCUGGUAAUAAAAUAGUGUUUUAACUGGA